AUGGCGCCCAAAGGCGGCAAGUUCGAAAUCAAGACCCCGAAGGGCACGAUAGACUGGGAUGGAAGUGACAUGAUAAUAAGAGAGAAGAUCUUCUCCACCAUCACCGAGGUCUUCAAACGUCACGGCGGCGUAACAAUCGACACGCCUGUUUUCGAGCUAAGGGAAAUCCUCGCAGGGAAGUAUGGAGAGGACAGCAAGCUCAUCUACGACCUUGCGGACCAGGGCGGCGAGCUAUGCAGCUUGAGAUAUGACCUGACUGUUCCCUUCGCCCGGUACCUGGCGAUGCACAAGAACAUCACACAGAUCAAGCGCUACCACAUCGCAAAGGUGUACCGCCGAGACCAGCCGGCUGUCAAGAAGGGUCGCAUGCGAGAGUUUUAUCAAUGCGAUUUUGACAUUGCGGGCGCAUUUGAUCCCAUGAUUCCGGAUGCCGAAAUUAUACGGAUUAUCAACGAGGUGUUUGACAGCCUUGGCUGGCAAGGGGCAUACACCAUCAAGCUCAACUCUCGUAAGAUCCUUGAUGGCAUCUUCCAGGUCUGCGGAGUCCCUGAGAACUUGAUCCGGCCCAUCUCGUCCGCCGUCGACAAGCUUGACAAGAUGCCCUGGGAAGAUGUGCGCAAGGAAAUGGUCGAUGAAAAGGGCCUGGAUUCUGCUGUCGCUGACAAGAUUGGCAAGUGGGUGGUACUCAAAGGGCAGCGAGACCUGCUCGAGAAGCUGAAGCAGGAUGAGGAUCUUUCAGCAAACCCGUCCAUGCAGCAAGGAUUCGCAGACCUUGAGGCGCUUUUUACCUACCUCGAGUAUUUCGGUGCCCUCCACACCGUCUCCUUUGACCUUUCUCUCGCCAGAGGACUUGACUACUACACAGGAGUCAUCUACGAGGUGGUCACUGAAGGCUCUGCUCCUGAGGUAUCUGCUUCCGCGGCUGCUUCCGCGGCUGCUUCAGACUCCUUGUCUAAGGCACCUAGAAAGAAAAGUGGAAAGUCUGGGGAUCCUGAUGAGGAUCGUUCCAAUGACCCAACCGUAGGAAUAGGUUCUGUCGCGGCAGGUGGCAGAUAUGACAAUCUCGUGGGCAUGUUCUCUGGAAAGAGCCAAGUGCCUUGUGUCGGUAUCUCCUUCGGCAUUGACCGCAUCUUCUCUAUUACCAACGCGAGAAUGAAGGCUCAGCACAAGACUGAGGAGCCUAGGAAGAACGACGUCGAUGUCUUUGUCAUGGCAUUCGGUGGCGGCAAAGACUUCACAGGAUUACUCAAGGAGAGAAGCGAAAUCUGCGCCUCUCUGUGGAGUGCUGGAAUCAAGGCCGAAUUUCUCUACAAGCUGAAGCCAAAAUUCCAGAAUCAGUUCAAGGCAGCUGAGGCAAACGGUGUUCCAUUUGCUCUCAUCUUGGGCGAGGACGAGCUUGCUCAAGGCAAAGCACGACUCAAGGAGAUGGGUCUCCCCGACGACCACCCGUUGAAGGAGGGCGAGCUCAUUAGCCUCAAGACCCUUGCUGAGGACGUGCAACAACGAAUCACACGGAAGAAGCAAUUGGAUGCCCUUACGCAGAAAGCGGAAGGUCUGAGAGUUGUCCAUGGCAUCAAAGGAGAAGAGGUAAAGUCUGCAGCAACUGACUCCACGACGGCCGAGUCCUCUCAGCCCGUUGAGCAGCCUGCUGUGCAGCCUGCUCCUGCAGCACCGGAGGCAACUGAAACUGUUAAAUCGUAG